AUGGCCACACGAUUUAGAUCAGACAGCCCUCAGGUCGAACCCUUUCCUCCUCUUGAAGUCCCGCAUACGCCCACCACAGCCGCCCAGUCUGCCUUUGGCAACUCCAAAGAAUCUCAGCCUCUGCUCAAGCCACACGCCCCAGAGUACACUGUUGUUUCACCAAAGUCUCCAGCACGCUAUUCGCCCAGACCUCUUACAGGUGCCGCCGCUCAGGCUGAUGCUAGACGACUGCAGUCACAGCAGCAAACCCACGGUACCAGUCAGACCAGUGCAAAUCCCGCCGCCACUGCGCUGCAUGCUCUCAUGAGCGGCCCCGCGGUAUCGAAGGCUACAGAUCUCUCCCCUCCAAAUCACUCGUCAACAAUAAGCCAAAUGCGCAAACCAAGCACACAUCUCACAGUGCCUGUCACGACGACUGCUGAGGCUUCUCAGCCCAGUCCUGUGAGCCUCAGAAGCUUCGGAGACUCGGACGCUGUUUCACCCAACGGCGCAAUGACAGCAACUGCUCACGAGCAUGCGCGCGAUCCCCAAAUGGUCGCCGAACCUGCAGAGAUGUCUAGCAUGGACUAUCCAGAGCCUACACGUGGAUACAAUCCGCCAACAAAUGCUCAUCCUUCGCACAAAUCUUUCACAUACCCUGGUCCGGCAUCCGUAGCAGCAGAGGCGGCCUCAGAAGAGAAACCAUACGUUUGUCAGACCUGUCAAUCACGCUUCAGAAGGCUGCAUGACCUCAAACGCCACUCCAAAUUGCACACAGGCGAGAGACCGCAUAUUUGCGACAAGUGUGGCAGGCGCUUUGCGCGUGGUGACGCUCUGGCUCGACAUAACAAAGGUCCUGGGGGUUGCGCUGGCCGCCGCUCUAGCUUUGGAGGGGAUGACGAUAGCAGAAUGGGCGAUGAGGGGAUGGAUGGCAUGGAUUACGCUGAUCACGGCGACAAUGGCCAUGAUCUGGAUGACGAAGAUGACGAUCGUCGUAGAGAAAGCGAGCCGAGUCGCAAGCGUGCGCAUAUUGAAGACUCGCACGAUUCCAACCGCUCCAUCUACCGCCAACACUCCAGCACUUACCCACCGCCUCUAGCUAGUCGCACGCACAGAGGCAACAUGGGUCCUCCGAAUCAUCAUAUCCUGCCAUCAUCCAGCUCUGUAACAUCUCCCGGCGAGCUUUCCAACGUCAACUCAACAAGCAAAGGGGGCAUCUCUCAUUCGCCUAAACCGCUGUCUCCCAAUCAACAAGACCAACACCGCCUCAGCAUAGCUGAAGCCACUAAUGCUUUGCGUAACAGAUCGCCUAGCCUGACACAAAUCCAACAGGCGCACAAUGCUCGAGGUGGUCAAGCUACACCACCUGCUCCUCAUCAGAUGACACAACAUAACCAGCUGCCUUCUUUGGCGGGUCUUGCUUCUGGCCAUACAAUGAGACUGCCAAUUCAAUCUACCACACACAAUUCAAUGCAUAACAACAUGCAAUCUGGGCCGAUGCACGGAUCCAAUCCUGGCAGCUUGUCGAGCCAUGGGCAUAGCUCAGGCGGCAGCACCAGGGAGAUCAUUGGCGAUGGCAUCAAUGAUGUCUGGGGCUACGUCAGGAACCUAGAGCAACGAUUCUCUCGCAUGCAAGACGAAUACGAACUGCGCAUAUCACGUCUUCAGGAAGAUCUGAUAGCCAUAAAGGGACACCUCAGCUACCAGCAGCCACGCUGA